AUGUUGGAAGUGCUCUUUGGCUCCGAUAAAGCACUCUCGUACGAAAACGUGAAAUGUCUGACAAAUUUCACCCCUUUCUUCACGUUUCUUUUAGUUCAGUACCUUGAUGGGUUGUACAACAAAAACUCGUCGUUUGUAUUUACCGACUUCACAAAUUUGGUCAUACAGUAUGUCCCACCUGUAAAGUUGGUGUGGUAUCCCGUUGCGUUGUGUAUCAUACCAAUUGUUAUGAUCUUUGGCUCUUUUAGCUUUUUUAUCAUAUUUCCAGAACAGUGCGACUUAUUGCUGACGGCUUCAGUGGGGAAACAAAAAGCGCUUUUAGAACAAAACAAUGUAUUUCUUGAUGAGUAUAGAGUGAGAAGUGAUAUUUACUAUAACACUUUUCUAAAUCUUUUAAUGUCCCCAUUAACACAUUUGGCCGAAGGAUUUGCAAUAGAAAGUGUUUUCAGAGGAUACAUCUUUCUGAGUCUAAUUAACUCUUUGCACCCAAGAAUUGCGUGCAUCAUCACAGGAGCAAUUUUUGGGUUUUACUCAAUCGCGUUGACAAUAUUGGGUGAGGGGUUCGAUGUUGCGUAUUUUGGAGAACCUUUUACUGGGAUGGUUUGUACAUUUUUGGUGCACUUCUUUUUAAAUGGCAUUUUCUGCUUCUUUGCACUCAAGACAAAAUCGAUGCUCAUUUGUGGCUUUCUUUCUUCUGCUUGGAUCGCGCUUCAAAAGAACUACCUCCCUUUUGUCACUACUGUCUUUGACCAAACAAGUCCAUUCUAUGGACCUUCAUAUCAUGGUAUUAUUCCAGCUUCUCCUAUUAUCCUCACAUCGUUUGUCUUAUUCUUCUAUAUGGGAUGGGAAGCAGAAUCUCCUUUUGAAUUAAAAUGA